AUGGCCCCGGACCUCAACUCGGUCCCUCCAUCACCUCGCGUUCUAGCUCUAUCCAGGCGGGCCUCAACUCAGCAAAUGCCUCCACCACCAGCCCCCAGCUCCGGCCAAGGCCAUGCGCCCUCAACCUCAGACCCAGCCCUCAAUAUCCUGCCGUCGAACCAGAAUGCCGUAAAUACCGGUGCUCCCACGACUGCUUCUCUUCCUUCGCCCCGCCUUGUCGCAACUGGCAGUACGGCGCACCCACCCGCAGAUGCGUCGUCUCUGGCCUCUGGCCCUGGGCCAACGCGCCACCCACACCCACUUACAGCUGCUGAGCUUCACCAGCAGGUCGAGAAAGAGCAGGAGGCUGUGGUCAACCGUCUCACACGAGAACUCGAGAUCUUGAGACAGCAUAACGAUGCGUCCUCGGCCUCGGCCAGUGACUCUGGCACCGAACCCUCCACCUCUACGAUUCCCAUGAUUCCGGAUGGCAGACAACAUUUGCUCUCCGGGUCCGGCUUUAGCAUACCAUCUCAGACGAGCGGACGUGAGAGACGGCACACCAGAAGCGGGUCAAGUGCGAGCGCACGAAGCAUAGCAGCGACGACGGGAAGCACAUCCGUGGUUAAUAUCACUUCACCAGCACCCAUCAGGCCAGGUGCUACCGCUUUGAGCCGUCAGAAUAGCACCCAAAGCCAUUCGCGGCAGAGCCUGAGCAGCUCCCCUGCGCAUGCCAGCUCGUUUGCGAGCUCGCACAUGGCGGAUGCCGCGCAUGGUGGCUACUUCCACUUGCGGUCAGCAACGGGCGCAUCCUCACAAGCCCCGUCACACACACAGGCAACACCAGGCUCCGGCUCCACGGAGAUGAUGUCCCCCAGCAUGAUGUCUGUUACAUCAAGGUAUGAAGAGACCGCAUUCCACCGCCAGGAGUUGGAGACAGUGAAGCGCGAGAACGACGCCUUGAAGAGGAGGAUCAGGGAGUUGGAGCGCCAGGUUCGUGAACGCAGGGCGAGUGAUGCGAACACCAGACCUCGCAGUGAGAGUGUUAGUACCACAGCGAGUGUGAACGUUUCUGGUGGAGGAGCAGGCAUUGCACCACCUAGGGGUGAUAGAGUGACGAGCGUGCUGAGCACUGCUGGGAGCACCGCAGGGAGCGUGGCUGUGGGAGUGCCUGAGGAUGAACUCAGGGUUGGGGAGAGCGCCGCAAGUGCCGGCCAGCAGAACCCAGCCUCAGGUGACCAGGCUGCUUGA